CCUAUCACUGGGAUAGAGGGGGGAAAAAGAUAAUAAAACCCACAAACCUCGGAGAAGACGCACAUCAGAGCCCUGAGAGACCACCAGUGCAGGGCUGGCUGCCUCGCUUUUGCUUACUGACACAUCAGAACACAACCAUUCUUCAUGAUAUUCUCACGUUUUGACGCUCAGAUAUGAACUCAGCCAGACACCUGCCACUUUCAGAGUUUUAAUAAUGUUUUAAAACGAAACCGGGAAGAACACCUUUGGAUCACAUGUAAGUAAUCCCUGUGUCUGCCUCGCAAACCUUAGCGUUUGUGUUGUGAACAGGAGCACCAACAGUGUUCGUGUUUGUGCCAGGAGCAGCAGUUUGUGCGUGUGGCUCUCCAGGCCCGCAGCAGCCACCGCCUGUCCCGCGGUUCAGCUCCCCUCCCGAGACAUUCCCUUCCCCUCUGCCCGGCUGGCUUACAGCUUCCUUCUGCCUUUCCACGUCUCGCCCGACACCCAGUGCCGCUGCAGCACCUCCGUGUCUCGGAGGGCGCCGGAGCCCGCGGAAGGCCCAGAGGGCGCGGCCGGGGCAGCUGGGCACGGAGCGCACAGAGCCGAGCGGAGCCCGCACCUCCGCACGGACCAGGGAGCUCUGACGGACAACGUGUAAAAGGUGCAGAGAAGAUACAUGAAGAACGGCUGGUUUUAAUCUGCCCUAUGCUGCUUUCACUCCCUCCCCCCGCCCGGUCUCUGCACUGUGCAUAAAGGAGCAGUUGUUUGCACAGGGUCUCCUUCCAGCAGCACAGGCUGGCGACCGCUCACGGGCCAGUCUCCUGUAAAAUGGGAAUACUUAUUGCAGUUCUUGGAGUCUGGUUCAGCUCUUCACUUGUAAAAGCAGAUUCUAAGGCUGUGACAACAUCUCUAACUACAAAGUGGUCUUCAACUCCUUUACUCCUUGAAACAAGUGAAUUUUUAUCAGAAGAAGGUCAAGAAAAAUUCUGGAAUUUUGUUGAAGCCAGUGAGAAUAUUAAGAGAGCUGAGCAUGAUGGUAGUGAUUAUUCUUCUUACCAGGAAAUGCUGAAAGUGGCCUGCCAGACUCUGUCACCUUUGCAGCAGAAUUUGUUGAAAUUUUCCUUGUCUUUACGCUCCUACUCUGCAGCAGUUCAAGCUUUUCAGCAGAUAGCAGCAGAUGAAUCUCCACCAGAGGGCUGUACCCUGUUUUUUGUUGUGCAUGGAGAGAAAACAUGUGAAUUUGACUCUCUUGGAAAGCUUUUACAGGCAGCUUCAGACAGGCCAAAGCCAUUUUUGUUCAAGGGGGACCACAAGUACCCAGCAGCAAACCCUGAAAGUCCUGUGGUCAUACUUUAUGCAGAGAUUGGCUCAGAGGAGUUCUACAGGCACCACAGGAGGCUUGUUUCAAAGGCUGAGGCAGGAGAAAUCACUUAUGUGCUCAGACACUACAUUGCUAAUCCCAGUAAGGAAAAGGUCUACCUCUCUGGCUAUGGUGUAGAACUGGCUAUUAAAAGUACAGAAUAUAAGGCCAAGGAUGAUACCCAGGUGAAAGGCACAGAUGUGAAUGCUACAGUCAUAGAUGAAAAUGACCCUAUUGAUGAAGUGCAAGGAUUUCUGUUUGGAAAACUAAGGCAGCUGUAUCCUGACUUGUCAGAAGAGCUGAAAGAGCUCAGAAAACAUCUCGUGGAAAGUACCAAUGAAAUGGCACCUUUGAAAGUAUGGCAGCUCCAAGAUCUGAGUUUUCAAACUGCUGCUCGCAUUUUGACUGCUCCCCCUGUGGAUGCCCUGAUGGUCAUGAAAGAUCUUAGUCAGAACUUUCCUACAAAGGCCAGAGCCAUAACAAAAACAGUUGUUUCUUCGGAACUCAGAGCAGAAAUUGAAGAGAACCAAAAGUAUUUCAAGGGAACAUUAGGAUUGCAACCAGGAGAUUCUGCCCUAUUCAUCAAUGGACUACUUAUUGACUUAGACACUCAGGAUAUAUUUAGCUUGAUUGACGUGCUUCGCAAUGAAGCCCGCGUUAUGGAGGGCCUGCACAGCUUGGGAAUUGAGGGAAUUUCCUUACACAAUGUCCUGAAGCUGAACAUCCAGCCUUCAGAUUCUGACUAUGCUGUGGACAUCAGAAGCCCUGCCAUUUCAUGGAUCAACAAUCUGGAGGUUGAUAGUCGGUACAAUUCCUGGCCUUCCAGCGUGCAGGAGCUGCUGCGUCCCACUUUUCCUGGUGUGAUCAGGCAAAUCAGAAAAAACUUCCAUAAUUUUGUGCUGAUAGUAGAUCCUACUCAUGAGACCACAGCAGAAUUACUGAAUGUGGCAGAAAUGUUCUUCAGUAACCACAUCCCACUGAGGAUAGGACUAGUCUUUGUUGUUAAUGACUCAGAGGAUGUUGAUGGACUUCAGGAUGCUGGCGUUGCCCUCCUGAGGACAUACAAUUAUGUGGCACAAGAAAUGGACAAUAAUUAUGCUUUCCAGACCGUCAUGUCUAUUUAUAACAAAGUGAAAACGGGAGACCAGCUGAAAGUGGAACAUGUUGUUAGUGUUCUUGAGAAACAGUAUCCUUAUGUGGAAAUCAACAGCGUGCUGGGAAUUGAUUCUGCCUAUGAUCAAAACAGAAAGGCAGCAAGAGCUUACUAUGAGCAAACUGGUGUAGGCCCUCUCCCUGUCAUCCUCUUCAAUGGGAUGCCUUUCCAAAAGGAUCAGCUGGAUCCUGAUGACCUGGAAACUGUGACAAUGCACAAAAUCCUGGAAACCACGAGCAUCUUCCAGCGAGCCGUGUACCUGGGUGAACUAUCUAAUGACCAAGAUGUGGUUGAGUAUAUCAUGAACCAGCCUAAUGUUGUUCCAAGAAUUAACUCAAGAAUCCUAAGGUCUGACAGAGAGUACCUAGAUCUGACAGGAAUGAAUAACCAUUUUGUGGAUGACUUUGCUCGAUUUACCACAUUGGAGUCUAAAGAUAAGACAGCUGCUGUUGCAAACAGCAUGACCUACUUAACAAAGAAAGGAAUGUCUUCCAAGGAGAUCUAUGAUGAUUCCUUUGUUAGACCAGUUACUUUUUGGAUUGUUGGUGAUUUUGAUAAACCUUCAGGGAGGCAAUUGUUGUAUGAUGCCAUUAAACAUCAGAAAUCCAGCAAUAACGUUCGAAUCAGCAUGAUUAAUAAUCCUAGUGAAGAACCCAACAGCAAGAAUACCAUUGUAGCUAAAGCCAUAUGGGCAGCUUUGCAGACACAAACCUCAAAUAAUGCCAAGAACUUCAUCACCAAGAUGGCAAAAGAAGAAACUGUGAAGGCACUGGAGGCAGGAGCUGACAUCUUGGAAUUUGCUGUUGGGGGUAUGGAUACCAAAAUUUUCAAAGAAGCCUUUGAAUCUCCCAAGGUGGAUUUUAUUCUGUCCCAUGCUAUUUACUGCAGAGAUGUUCUAAAGCUGAAGAAAGGGCAGAGGGCUGUGAUCAGCAAUGGACGGAUUAUUGGCCCAUUAGAGGAUGGAGAGAUGUUCAAUCAGGAUGAUUUUCAUCUCCUUGAAAAUAUAAUACUAAAGACAUCGGGACAGAAAAUCAAAUCUCAGAUUCAGCAGCUGGGAUUUGAAGAAGAUCUGGCAAGUGACUUGGUAAUGAAAGUGGAUGCUCUUCUUUCUGCUCAGCCAAAAGGAGAGGCAAGGAUUGAAUAUCAGUUUUUUGAAGAGCGAUACAGUGCAGUUAAACUGAGACCAAAAGAAGGGGAGACAUACUUUGAUGUUGUGGCUAUUGUUGAUCCUGUGACCAGAGAUGCUCAAAGACUUGCUCCAUUACUUUUGGUUUUGAACCAAUUGAUAAAUAUGAACCUGAGAGUGUUUAUGAACUGCCAGUCUAAGCUUUCUGACAUGCCACUGAAAAGCUUUUACCGCUAUGUUUUGGAACCAGAGAUUUCUUUCACUGCAGAGAAUAACUUUGCUCCCGGACCAAUUGCCAAGUUUUUAGAUAUGCCCCAGUCUCCACUGUUCACUCUGAAUUUAAACACUCCUGAGAGUUGGAUGGUGGAGUCUGUUAGAACCCCCUAUGACCUUGACAAUAUCUUCUUGGAGGAGGUGGAGAGUGUUGUAGCUGCAGAGUAUGAACUGGAGUACCUGCUGCUGGAGGGCCACUGCUAUGACAUUACAACAGGGCAGCCACCUCGGGGACUCCAGUUUACCCUGGGCACCUCCAGCAGCCCUGUCAUCGUGGACACCAUCGUCAUGGCCAACCUGGGCUACUUCCAGUUAAAAGCCAAUCCUGGUGCAUGGACUCUAAGAUUGAGAAAAGGCAGAUCUGAAGAUAUUUACAGGAUCUACAGCCACGAUGGCACAGACUCUCCGCCUGAAGCUAAUGAAGUUAUUGUUGUUCUCAAUAACUUCAAGAGCAAAAUUAUUAAAGUGAAGGUACAGAAAAAGUUUGAUAUGAUGAAUGAAGAUCUGCUAAGUGAUGGCACCAGUGAGAAUGAAUCUGGAUUUUGGGAAUCUCUGAAAUGGGGAUUCACAGGAGGACAAAAGAAUGAAGAUGUGAAACAGGAUAAAGAUGAUGUACUAAAUAUAUUCUCUGUGGCUUCAGGACACCUCUAUGAGAGAUUCCUACGCAUAAUGAAGUUGUCUGUGCUGAAACACACCAAGACUCCUUUAAAGUUUUGGUUUCUGAAGAACUACUUAUCACCUACAUUCAAGGAGUUCAUCCCAUACAUGGCCAAGAAGUACAAUUUCCAGUAUGAGCUUGUCCAGUAUAAAUGGCCACGCUGGCUGCACCAACAGACAGAGAAGCAGCGAAUCAUCUGGGGUUACAAGAUCCUCUUUCUAGAUGUGCUCUUCCCAUUAGCUGUUGAUAAAAUCCUCUUUGUGGAUGCUGAUCAGAUUGUGCGCACAGAUCUAAAGGAAUUGAGGGAUUUUAAUCUGGAUGGUGCUCCUUAUGGAUACACUCCAUUCUGUGACAGCCGAAGGGAAAUGGAUGGCUACAGGUUCUGGAAAUCAGGAUACUGGGCAAGUCAUUUAGCUGGAAGAAAAUACCACAUCAGCGCUCUGUACGUUGUGGAUCUGAAGAAGUUCAGGAAGAUAGCAGCUGGAGAUCGACUCAGAGGACAGUAUCAGGGUCUGAGCCAGGAUCCAAACAGCCUGUCCAACCUUGAUCAGGAUUUGCCAAACAACAUGAUCCAUCAAGUACCAAUUAAGUCCCUCCCCCAGGAGUGGCUGUGGUGUGAAACAUGGUGUGAUGAUUCCUCGAAGAAGAGAGCAAAAACCAUUGAUCUGUGUAACAACCCAAUGACCAAAGAGCCCAAGCUGCAGGCAGCCAUGAGGAUAGUUCCAGAAUGGCAGGACUAUGAUCAAGAAAUCAAACUGCUCCAGAGUAAUUUCCAGAAGGAAAAAGAAAUGGGAACACCAGCUGAGAUGCCAGGACAACACACACAUGAUCCAGCAGCACAUGUGGAAUUAUGAUCCAUGGAGACAAAUUCAAGUUAGACUCUUUCAUAGACAAUUUUUAUAUUGAAAGCUAGGUUUUUUUCCAGUGUGUCUGCAAAACUGCUGAAUAAUUGAAUGGGAUGAUGUAUGCAUUUCUAUUACUUGCCUUUGGGUUAAUUUCUGCAUAUGAAAUAGGAUCUGGAUUGCUGGAAUUAGCAUUACUGGUGUUUUGCACCUGUGGUGGAGAUGAAAGACCCCGGGAUGGAAUUUAGUGUCUCAGAAACAAAACUUCACAAUCCACCAGAAGAGCCACAGCCUGUUCCUUCAGCUGUUGCUGCCUCCACCACGGAUGAAGCUCCAGUUUAGCCUCAGAUCUAACUUGAGAGUCUGGGAAUUGCAGACAUACAUCCUAACCUCAUCUGAUGGACAUAAUUUUUCCAGGUAACAUUAUAAAGCUCGAAAUUAUGCCUUGAAUUUGGGGCACUGUUUCAUCUUCAGGUUUUCAGACAAUUGAAAAUACUUCUUGGAUUUGUUAAGUCUGCCCUUGAUUUUGUAACAAAAUCAGCAUUAUUUUGAUUUUCUAUUUUCUGUCUUCAUUUAUUGCCCAACUUUUGAUGGUAGCUUAAUGUAAAGCUACCACAAUCAAUUUAAAUGCCCAUCCAAAUGUAAAUGCCUAAGCUCACAAAGUGAGCAGAACACAGAAUUUGGCAGCUGAGUUUAUCUUAGCCUCUAUGACUUGAAUCAAAGUGCCCUCCCUUCCUCCUCCUCCAAGUAUAAAUCUGUCUGCAAAACUGGCAGGGCCUUACUCUUGCUGUGGUUCACUGAUUCAUGAAUGUUUUUUUUUGUUUAUGAAAAAUCUGUGGAAGCUUGGAAGUUUAUCAUCAUGUAAAUUUCAUUAACUUUAUUUUUCUUCAAACAGAGAUGUUGUCACAUCAAUAAAAACUUCAGAGUUCUUAGGUCUUAAGCCUUAGUUCCCACUUUGAUCAUCCUUUUUCCUUGCACACAUUACAGUCCUAAUUUGAUUUUGGGGUUUCUGGAUAUUUCACUUAUAUUUGCUUUCAUUCUGUGCAUAGACAAGGAGGUCUCUUCUUGCAAGGAUCAAUUACCCUGGGCUAGUUUUAUCAUUCAUAUUCAUGUCUUUAUUUUGAAAGAUGCUGCUGCUGCUGCUGCCAUUGUUCUGUACUAUGAACAUACCAUUUAAAGAAAACCCUCAAACCCAGAUUCCCCCAUUCUCUAGGGUUAACAGUCUGCUCCCUAUAACACUGAGGAGCUGAAGAGUUGAGAUGUAAGAACUAAAAGGAGAUUUCUAGUACAAAAUAUAGUCACCUAUGCAGCUUGAGAAAUCCAAACUUCUUUGGUUUUUGUGCCUCCCAUGUUUUCAUACAGGUAAAUGUUUUGUGCUGUAAGACCUUCAACCCAAUAAUCAUAUCUCAGUAUAAAAAUAUUGAAAUAUUCUUCUGGAAUUGCUGUGGUAUAAAUCCUGUCAUGUUUUGGAGGAAUCUGAAAGAAGACAUCAGUAGUGUUUAAACUGUUCAAUAGUGUGACUCUUGAAAAAGCAGCUCUUCUCCAGCCAGCUGAAGGAAGGGCCCAAACUCUUAAAAAAAGCACAUUAAGAGCAACUUACAGUUUAUCAGCUUAGGUAUUUCCCACUUUGUGGGGUUUUAAAUUCAGAUGGUCUGUCUGGUGUCUGGAAAUUACAGAUGAGGUGCCUUAUGCUUCCCAUCAAAACUGCUCCACUUAAGGAUAAGCAGACUUACAGCAGCAGGACUUUUUUCCAGUGUAAAAAACAAUAUGCCUGCCAACAAAUUAAUUAUGUGUGAUGUCAAUUAGCCUCUUUCAAACAGCUAAGACAGCACAGCUAAAGUUGUCCUUUUUGUGUUCAGCUACAAAUCACUUCAACCUUGCUGGAGCACAUGGAAUGGCACAGGAAGAAGUGGUGAGCAGCUGUACACCACUUAUUCCUUCUAGACAUGGGUGGAGCAAGAGCGUGCUCAAGCCCUCAGAACAGGAGCAGCUUUCUGUGAAACAAGGCUUUUUCCUAUCUAGAACCAUAUUUGGCUUUUUCCCCCCCAAAUUAUGUUAGGAGCCACAAGACUGAGAAGAAAGCUGCCUCUUAAAUUCAGCACAUUUACAAUGCUUUGUUGAAUAAGAACAUACUUCUAAAUUAAAUGCCAGUUACAAUUAUUUUUUUAAAAUAUGCUCCUUCAUUCUGAUAGUUAAUGUAUGUACUUGAACACCCACACUGCAUCCUAUUUUUUUUUAAUUGUAAGCUCUAGCUGGCUGGAUAUUUUUGGAGGAUAUUUUUGUUGUCUCCAGUUAAGAGACACCAUGCUCUUCAUUUUUUAUGAAGAAAUUAAAGUCAUCUAACUCACAAUUGAUACAGGAAGAAACCAGAAACAUACUCUGAGAUUCUCUACCUUUGCAGUACUUGUAAGGUGUUCUCAAGUACAGUCAAAAUGCACAUGGUAUUGAUCAUUCUGAAUGUGAACUCUUCCCAUUUUUCCUGAGAAGCUGCUAUUUACUUCCAGCCAAAAAUGACAAUCAAAAAGAGAAUAAUCACUUCUUGUGGAUCUGUGCAUGUGUUUGCUCUUAGAUGCUCAAUGGGCCUUGAAAGACAAAUAGUUUGUCACGCCCAUGCAGAAAGCAUCUUGGAGUGAGAUGCUUAAUGAAAUAGAGCUGCUGUUGAUCACAUCACUGAUGGGCUGGUCCUGUGACUGGUAAGAGUGAUGGUAAUCAGAAAAUGGGGAUUGCACAGGUCACAGUGGGGUUUUGCAUCCUUCAGACUAGAAAAGCCACUUCUGGUGCAAAGUGAUGACAUUGUUCCCAUCUCUGGCUACAAGCAGCUUGCCCUUUUUCACACUUGAGAAAUGCCCUGUUCUUUUAUUUUAAAAGGAAGAUUUCACUGCCUUACUAAAAAGCAAAUAGCAAAGAAAUGAAACUUUAAGAUUUCUCUUUCCUUUAGCUAUAUGGGGUUAUAAAGAAAAUGAAAAGGACAUGUACAAAGCAGUAAAUACCCAGUAACAGUCUUAGGAAUCAGAACAUUUUUAAAUUAUGACCUGGUUUUACCCAAAUUUUCUGUAAUCUGUUCAAGAAUAUUCCAUAACUCUGUGGCAAGUGCCUCAAGGUGUGGGGCGUUCUCUUUACUGAAUGGCACUGAGAUCACAGUGAGAUUCCCUGAACAAGAUCCAACAUAAUAAAACCUCUGCUGUUCUUUA